GAAAAAUUUGUGAUCAUCCCCGAUCGAUUUUUUUUUUUUAACAUUUUAUUUGCGAAUAGUUUUGACUUUUCGUCUUCGUCUUCUCCAAUCUCGCCUGGAGUUUUAGGUUUUAUGAAGUGUUGUAUAUUGUGAUCUGUAUCUAAGUUUAUAUUGGCUUGAAAUGGCAACGGAGUCUACAAGGAGCUGGUUCAAUAUACGGCAGCAGAAACCCGAUAAAUCCAGUCCUACUAAAAGAGGACAAGAGGGUAAUGUGAAGAAUCUUGGCAGACCACCUAUGAAUGAUGCACCUUCUAAUGCUACUAAACAGAAAGUUGCUGCAGCAAAGCAGUAUAUCGAGAAUCAUUAUAAAACUCAGAAGAAGAGUCUGCAGGAAAGAAAAGAGCGUCGGAGCAUCUUGGAACAAAACCUAGCUGACGCUGAUGUUCCUGUUGAAGACAAAAUGAAUAUACUGAAGAAUUUUGAGAAAAAAGAAAUGGAGUAUAUGCGUCUACAAAGACAGAAAAUGGGGGUUGAUGACUUUGAACUGCUGAGCAUCAUUGGCCGGGGUGCUUUCGGUGAGGUGAGAAUUUGUAGAGAAAAAACUACUGGCAGCGUGUAUGCAAUGAAAAAGCUAAAGAAAUCCGAGAUGCUUCGAAGAGGGCAGGUUGAACAUGUUAAGGCUGAAAGAAAUGUGCUUGCAGAAGUCGAUAGUCCUUUCAUCGUCAAGCUUUGCUAUUCUUUCCAAGAUGAUGAUCAUUUGUAUCUUAUUAUGGAAUACCUCCCUGGAGGUGAUAUGAUGACACUACUGAUGCGAAAAGAUACUUUACGGGAAGAUGAGACUCGGUUUUAUGUUGCACAGACAAUCCUAGCUAUUGAGUCUAUCCAUAAGCAUAACUACGUCCACAGAGAUAUAAAGCCUGAUAAUUUAUUGAUUACUCGUCACGGCCAUAUCAAGCUUUCGGAUUUUGGAUUGAGCAAGUCUCUGGAAAGCAAAAAUUUCCCAGAUUUUAAGGCGGAGCUUGUUGACAGGAAUACAAAGCCUGCAGCAGAACAUGAUAGACUCUCCAAGCCUCCUUCUGCACCUAGGCGAACUCAACAGGAACAGCUUUUACAUUGGCAACAAAACAGAAGGGCCCUGGCUUUUUCUACAGUAGGAACUCCCGAUUACAUUGCCCCUGAGGUGCUGCUGAAGAAAGGGUAUGGAAUGGAGUGUGACUGGUGGUCCCUUGGAGCAAUCAUGUUCGAGAUGCUCGUGGGGUUUCCACCAUUCUACUCUGAAGAGCCUCUGGCAACAUGUAGAAAGAUUGUAAACUGGAAAACCUGCUUAAAGUUCCCUAAUGAAGCUAAGCUCUCAAUCGAGGUAAAAGAUCUCAUCCGAAGAUUACUCUGCAAUGUGGAACAGAGGCUUGGAACCAAAGGAGUUGACGAAAUUAAGGCACACCCUUGGUUUAGAGGAAUUGAAUGGGAACGACUAUAUGAGUCAAAUGCUCCAUAUAUACCACAAGUGAAGCAUGAACUUGAUACUCAAAACUUUGAAAAGUUUGACGAGGUGCCAACUACUUGUCAAACUUCUUCCAAGUCUGGCCCUUGGAGAAAGAUGAUCUCAUCGAAAGAUGUAAAUUUCCUUGGUUAUACAUUCAAGAAUCUUGAGAUCGUUGAUGAACACCAUAUCCCUGGCAUGGCCGAAUUGAAGCGGAAGAGCAAGACAGCAAAGAAACCAUCUCUCAAGACAUUGUUCGAAACACCGUAUCCUCCUCCUGAGAAUCAAGCCUUAGAGGAUUUGCUUGAUUCACCUAUUUACUCUGAAGGAUCUAGAGGCUCUUCCGGAUCACCAUUUUCGCAUCCAAAUCAAUCCCACAAUAUUACCCGGAGAUGAUCAAAAGAAGGGAUCUAAAAAAUGAAUUAAAGAACAAACCAAGCAAAAGUAAGUGAAGGUAGCCAUUUUCCUUCAUGUGCAAAAAAAAAUUCUUCAUACAUAUACUAUGUAAUGUAAAAACAGUGAACACCCAAAAGAUACUCAAAACUAAAAUGCAUAUAGGAAACUCUUUAGGUAUACAAACAUAUUACAAUGUUUUUGUGAUCCCCAAUUAUCUAACCUUGUAAGCUUUUUUCUUUUAUAAAUAUUUUACAUACAUAAAGAGAGAAUAAAAGACAUUUUGUACAUAAGAGUGGCCUUUGGACUUGCCUUGAUUGGUAACAA